CCUCCUGGCUUCCUGGUUUAGUGGAACAAUGGCAGUCGGAAAGGUCAUGAAAUACCUUCUCUUCUUCUUCAACUUCUUGUUUUUUCUCGGUGGAGUCAUUAUUCUCAGUUUGGCCACACACGUCUCGAUCAACGAAGCAGACUACCGGAUCACAGAUGACCUCCUCCCGGCCAUUCGCCUCCUGAUGUUCACCGGGGCCAUGACUCUGGUGUUUGGUUUCCUGGGCUGCUGUGGAGCAAUCAAGGAGAACCGCUGCCUGCUGGCCCUGUUCUUCAAGGGCCUGCUGGUAAUGUUCCUCAUGCUGCUGGCCGUGGGAGUGCUGGGAGCCGUUUCAAGAACCACAGCUGCCCAGGAGCUGGUGAGGAAACACAUGACGCAGCUGCUUCCGCUGAGCGAGCAGUCCAAGGAAGUUCAGGAGUCGUUUCAGAACGUGGAAAGGUCCGGGUUCUGCUGCGGUUUCUUUGUUGGACACAUUGACUGGGGCAACUCCACAGUGGUGCCCGACUCCUGUAACUGCACAGACGUCUCCAGGAACUGCACGGUUUUGGACCAAAGGGAGAUCUACUCCACGCCGUGCAUGACGUACAUCAUGACGUGGUUGGACCGUGUGUCUGACGUACUCCUGGGGAUCGCCUUUGCAUUUGGCAUAGUGAUGCUUAUGGGCAUGGGUUUCUCAAUGGUGCUGAUCUAUCAGCUCCGUAACGGGAGGAAAAGCAUCAUUUAAAACUGAGGCUCUGAGGUCUUAAAGGCCGGGUCGCCAUGUCGGUGUUUCAAUGCAUUUUUACUGGUUUUAAACUCAUUGUACUUUUUUAAAUGUUUUUUUUUUAAUCUUUGUGUGUAUAUAUUGCAACUAUGAAUUGC